GGUGAGAAGCUGGGCUUGCAGGUAAGAACUACCUACCUUGUUCUCCGAUGAAGGUUUAAUCUGUACCUUACCAUCGAAAUCAAACUGACUUCAAGUAGGCUCUUCAAUUAGAGCUGCCUUGUGUCUGGCCCCAUCCCCUUCUUUAAUGCUAAUCUUUUCCUGAAUCGGUACCACCAAAGCCUUAGAGAGAGCAACUCACUGCCACCCUGCACAAAUCCUGUGCUGUAGCCCUGAGGUUGUUUGUGGUACCUGGGAGACGCUUGCUUUACUGUCUCCAGCCCAUAAACAGGAUGGACAGAAACUACAUGAGGGGACCACUGCACAAGCUGUUCGACUUGGAGAAAAAGAAUGCCAGGCAAGCUGAAGCCAGACUCAGCCUUCGACUGCAAAGGCUGGAGGUCAUCUGCCUCUAUCAUGUGAAGUCUCUGGCCAGGGAGCAGAGGCUGCUUCAGAAACAACUGACGCGGCUGCAGCAAGCGUAUGUCUCCAAGAAAAGUUUCUCCUCUUACUUGGGGAAUGGAAUUUUGAAGAGAUCGAAAGAUGCUGUCACAGUCUCACCACAAACAGGACAGAGGCACAUAGUUCAGGAGCCUAAUAUUAGAGCAGUGAAAAGCAGUAUUACCCAGGAAGUUCAAACCAAGCCUCCGGUGACCUCUUUAUAUGACGCAGUCCUCAAAGAUGCCCUGAGACGCCAAGAGCACCUGCAGUCUCAAGACGGAACCAGCUGCUCCCAGGGAGAGAACCCACAGGGCGGGGACAGAAAGUCUGCAAGUCCGCGUAAGGGCUCGGACCCCAACAAGGAUGUCUUUGCUCCGUGGUACAACCACGAGGCUUUCGCGAACAGGACAGAAGGCAGCAGUGUGGCUAGCGUGGAUGGCGAGAGUGAGCCGGCAUCUGCUCACAGUAAGACCAGACCAAAAAAUGCCAACCGGAAGCCACAUGGCGAUGCCAGGGCACAAAGUGUCGCGAGCUCCUUGGAACACCCGGGAAGCUCCAAAGGUGAAGGCACAAAGCCAACCCUCGUAGAUCUGUACGCGAAGGUCAAAAAUGCCCACUACCUCCGCCACAGGGUGCCCCCUGAGUCAGAGAGGCUGCUUAGCGUUAGGGAAAUAUUCGGACACAGCGACUCCCCACCACCCAAAGCAGGGGAGGAAAUGUGAAAAAGAUGGCUCCAAGUUCCUUCUUCUCUGGCUGCGCACUGUAGCCUGACCACGAGAUAUGCCGUAAUAACUAUGGAAAUGUAACCCUCAGAUUGCUGCAAUAGCAGGCAACAGAAAUAAACAGAAAUGCACAACAACUUUCUUUUUCAUCCUUGGUAUCCCCCGCCACUUUAUGUGGCCUUUCUCCUAACAAACAAGGCUGCUAUAAAAAGGGAAAGACGGGAAAUGUUAUGAAGAUACUUGAAACUGAUACCUUGGGCUUGUUUUGAGUCCUUCUUGUUUGCCCUAAGGUCUGUCCCUCACAGGAGAUGCUUAUAGCGCCACCUGCUGGCCAAAUGGCAUAGCUCUUUGCCUCGUUUUCCUUUCUUUUGGGGUUUUCCAUGGGACCCCAACUGCAAUUGCAUACAGUGACAUGGUCUCCAAAGAAAACCCGUUCUUGCCACAGCUCUGUUUUCUCUUUUGAAGCUCCUCCCUGUCUUCUUCCCUUUGUUUCUCUUUCCUUCCUUCUCUCCAUCUUCCCCUCCUUUCCCGGUCCCUUCCCUUUCCCCCUUUCCUUACUUCCUUUCUUCCUUUCCAAAUGGUCCCAGGCUAGACUUCUCUUUCCCCAUUUCAACGUUAAUACAAAGUGUUUUGGGAUCCCUAAUGAAAGAAACUAAUCUGUGUCCUUGCCACUUCUUCCGAAUCAAAGUAUCUUAAAACUCCCAGCAAUUUUAUGCCAGAUUCAGCCAAUAACUAACCCUCUCACAGUAGAAAUAAUUUCCAUUUAAAAAGUAUUGUUUUAAGCUAGUAUGAUGCCACCUGUCUAUAACCCCAUUUUCUCAGUAUUUGAGAAGCUUGAUUCUGUCAAUAAAAAUAAAGACCAUUGUUUUAAGUAGGUCUACAGAAUAUGGGUCUCUGUAAAUGAAUUGAGUAAGCUUUGUUUCUAACCCAGACGGUUCAAAUUUACACUUAAAACAAAUGGUGUUACAUUUCAUCAGAGAACAAGAGCUCACUUUAAUACAUUUUAAUCCUAUUAUAUACCUAAUAUAAUACCUCAUAUAAUACCUAAUAAAAUUUUAUUUAUUAGCUCACCUAAUAUAUACCAAAUGAAAUUUUCACUUUUAUCAUUUAAUUAUUAUUAAUUUCAACUUCUUUAGAAAAACUAGCUUUGGGAAGGGGCUUGGGAUGAAGAGUAAAUAAACUUAAAUCAAAAAUUAAAAUAAAAAGAAAAGCAAGCUUUUACUUUUAUGGCCAAGAUCAGGGAGCAACUGUUAAAUUCAAUUAAAAUUUUCAAUUAUAUAGCAAACUUGGACAUCAGAAGAAUAAAUUCAAGACCUAUGAAUUUGUUUAGGACCUAUUUAUUUACUUCAAAUUAGUUUUUUUGUUGUUGUUUUUUGGUUUUGUUUUUGUUUUUUGAGACAGAGGUUAAAUUAUGCUGAUCUGGGUCGGUCUUGAAUUCCCAGGUUCAGUGAUCCUCCUGCCUCAGCCUCCUCCCAAGUACCCAGGAUUGUAGCUUCUUACCCCCAGUACCUAUUUACAAUUAGGCAAAUGUGUUUGUUGUAUUCUAGCUGGAGGGUAUCUUGAAGAAAUAAAACUAUUUAUAUCAAAAAUGAUAAAGG